AGGAGAGAGACGGGAAGCGGAUAGUCGUGUGCGCCGACGCCAGUGUGAGUUUACCGCGUCGACGGGAGAGUAUUCAUUCAUAAAACUAAGCGCGGAGAGCGGCUAGGCCAACGUGCACCAGCAUUGGUGGGGAUUCAACGAGGAGACAGAGUGAAACGUCUCUCUUCUCUUUUCAUCCCCGACUCUUAUCGGUCUGCUGGCUGGUUGUCUCUUUGUUUGUCUUCGAUGGUGUCGUGGAUAGAUCCUGGCUGGUUUCACUUACGUUUAUACUCGGAUUUGGGUAACUACACCAGGCUACGCUUUUCGAGUCGUGGUUGUUUCAGCUUUCCUAGUGAUUUUGGCAGCCGAAUGCCUUUCAGAAACGUGUACGAACGAGCAAGGAAUUAUCUUCCUUCUUAUCUCUAUCGUAUCUUUCGUUCGUUGAUUAUCCAGGGUUCUCAUCGAUAUUGAACAACGUUUAAUUCAUUUUAGAACUACGUCUUCCAUUCAUCCACUCUCCCUCGAUCUUAGCUAAUACUCGGAACAGUUACGUCUACAUCGAGGUGUCAUCCUCGUUAAGUUCGUAGAGAAAAUCCUGAAAUUUCGUUAUCUCGUGAGCCUCGAGGAAUCUGGACGAAUUUGGGCGAUUCAGCUCCACGAAGGACAUGGAAUAAGAGCUGACGGUACGCGUCCACCUCCGCCACCACGAUUCCCCACCUCGUCGCUUCGAAUAAACUCUCUAGAUCCCCUCUCGAUCCUCGUCCGGUCUUCCGUCUUCCUCUUCGUUCUUCCCUCCAUUCUUCCCUUCCCGCGAUCGUGUCCUCUUCCUCCAGGAACGUGCGACAGAGAGCCAGCAUUAACCUCUCUUCCUCUCUCCGCCUUGUUCUCUUCUCUUUCUCUCUUACCUCUUCUUCUUCUUGGUUCCUGCCCUUCGUCUCUCUCUCCUUGCGUACGCACUUACCUGCGGAACGCGGUCGUACGUGCUCUCGCGACGGUGGCGCUUCGAAUCCGCUCUCUUUCUCAGCAAAGAUCGUACCUCGAUCCUCGGAUCCUCUUGAUCUUCGAUCGAAAAUCAUCGUGGUUGUUCAUACGUGCCGGUGUUUCACGGAUUUCCAAGGCCGCGUGUGUGCGUCGAGUGCGCCAGUGACCCACGAACGACACACGGUAGCUGAAAAUCGAACCAGUUUCGAGGGGAAACGAGACGAACUGGAAGCGAGUUACCUACCGGCUAACUCGACCGUAUUUUCGGUGCCAAGUCCGCGAGACGGUUCUUCGUUUCCGUUCCGGACCGCACCGCUCUGUACCCUCCCCUCCAAAUGACUUCUUCUUCUUCUUCUUCAUCUUUGGACGGGUUGCGCAAGCAGGUAUUCGGAAAUAGCCCACGGGCCGCGGUUAUGAAUCGAUAGCAAACACAUGCUGGACACGCAGCGCGUACCGGCUUCCUGCACGAGGAUCACGCGCGAUCAUAACCCUCGUGUUUUCUUGUCGCCGCAGCGUCAAACCAUUACCACUCGUCAAAAACGGUGUUUACACGAAACCGAUCGGUUUCGCGAGGCGUAGACCUGUUCUACUUGGAAUAGUGCAGCUUGGAGCACCGAAUGACUCGUUGCGGACCGAAGAGCUGUGUUGCUAGUAUUUUCGGACUUUGGAGUACUCGACACUAGUAUUCUGUGAAUCAGAUCCCAAGUGAUAACUUCUCUCUACAAAAUCCACUUAGCCAUCUUGGAAGCACGAUCUUUACCUACCCCGAAGCGAUUAAUCAAGUGCAGCCAGCCUAGAUCGCCUAGAAUGACAAGGCAGCUAGCUUCUGCCAAAUCGUGGACGACGCAUUAUUGACGCGGUACGUCAUCGAGGACACAUCCGAUUAACGUCGCGAACGACGAAAAAAUGGUAACACACGGCGAUGGGAUAGAAAGAUUUGCUAGCUAAGCGAACGCUAUUCGAAGCGUCCGGUUGAUCGCGAUGUCGUGACGAUCGAGAUUCGAUCGAUGGCUGAAAAGAAUUUUGAUGAAAAAUUUCGAAGCGUUGUUCGUGCACGCUCGGACAUAAGUGAUGUAAUAGGUGGCGGGAAAUCGAGUGAAUGACAGUGAUUCGGGGGAUUCGUGUAUGUACAGUGAGCACUCGAGGACGGCACUCAUGUACGUUGACUACAGCAGCGACGUUUAUGCCGGAAUGGGAAUCAAGGCCAUGAAGUCCUUUGCCAGGCCCAGAGAUAUACCGGCGCAAGUACCGCCGUUAACACCUGGGACCAACAAGAAGAUGACCGAGGCCCUAGAGGCCUCUUUCGCCUCGUGGGAGAAGGAACGAGUCCAUCUGAACAUAACCAAAGACCCGAGACAAUGGUCAGAAACAGCUGUGGCCCAUUGGUUACGCUGGGCGAUAGGUGAGUUUUCCCUGGAGGGUGUGGCGAUGCAGCCCUGGCAGCACAUGACGGGCAAACAGAUUUGUGCGAUGGGCAAGGAAUCCUUCUUGGCACGUGCUCCAGCCUUCAUGGGCGAUAUCCUGUGGGAACACCUCGAGCUUCUCCAGAAAGUUGCGAGAAUCGCGAAGAAAGAGGAUCAAGAGAAUCUACUAGAAUCAGUUCAAGAAAGCGUGGCACAAACUCCUGAACUGAGGAUUUGUUCCAUUUUCCAUCCAGAUGUCGACGCGGCGAAGGCCUCGCUGGAGAACAUGCCGGGCAACGUGUACGAAAGCGUAUGCGUGCCGGAUUUAGGUGAUUUCUUGGGAUACCAAGGGACAGGACAUCAGGUGUCGACACCGGAACACAAGAGUCCAGCGACGCCUGCCAGUUCCACAACCUCGAACUCCUCGUCGACGAACCCUCGUACCGGAACUCAACCACCCUCUGCCACUACCACCGCCACCGCCACUGCCACCGCCACCGCCACCCUUCCAUCGAGACCGUAUCAUAACGAUGGAGGCUACAAUCAUCUACGCAGUCCUGUGUGUCAGGACGAGAAUCAGAGGGAUGAAACGUCGCCUCCACCUCACAGCCAUACCACUCAAGCGCCAAACUCUCAUUCCAGUACUCCAAACAGCACCAACAAUAACAACAACAAUAAUAACGCGAAUAGCGCUUACAUACAUCUACGGAAUUUAAAUCAGCUCAAAACGGAGUCCAACUACAGCAGUCAUCACAUAACAGAACACCUUCAAGGUGGUGGUGGUGGUGGUGGAUUAACGAGUGGCAACGAUCUCGCGGCAACAGGAACCAACGAAAGCGAACUGAGGGUCAGUCAGUCCGCGACGGACAGUUACAUGACCCCGGCUCAUUAUUCCGGUUACGACGAAGCCUCGGAGUACCACAGUUUACCGCAGGAUCAUCAACCGCCUCAUCCUUACAACAUUGACGGUUCGCCGGAAUUUUACAGCACCAGUGGAAUUCACCUCGAGCCAAAAUAUCAGCCGUCGCCGUUCAAAAACUAUCCAAGAGGUCGCUACCAUGAAGGAUACAGCGAGAGCAGUGGAUACGGACAAUACGAUGCGACGCCAUUCCAAACGGUUCCAGGAAGCGGAAGCGGUGCUGGAGGUGGCGGCGUUGGAGGUGAUCAAUGGGGAGUUGGUCCUCUCGAACACCUAACUCAUCAUCCUGCAUUUCUGGCUGGCCUUGGACCACGGGACUCUUCCAAUCCUCAUCAUCCCUCCUCCAUUGGCAACAAUCCUGACCAAAAGCCUUUGCUACAGAAUGCUAUGAUUCCUGGUUAUACAAGUAGUGGACCUUGUUUUACCGGUUCAGGCCCCAUUCAACUCUGGCAGUUUCUUCUGGAGCUAUUAACAGAUAAAUCGUGUCAAGGUUUCAUCUCGUGGACCGGUGAUGGCUGGGAGUUCAAACUGACGGAUCCUGAUGAAGUGGCGCGUCGUUGGGGUAUUCGUAAAAACAAGCCUAAAAUGAAUUACGAGAAACUGAGCCGUGGUCUUCGUUAUUAUUAUGAUAAGAACAUCAUACACAAAACGGCUGGUAAGCGAUACGUCUAUCGCUUUGUCUGUGACUUAAAGAGCUUCUUAGGAUACAGUCCAGAAGAACUUCACGCAAUGGUAGAUUUGAAGCCAGAGAAAAAGGAAGAAGACUGAGUUUUUGUUACUGGAUGUGUCUGAGGAUUGUGUCGUUGCUAAAAACAAAAAAAAGGAGGAAUACGAAUUCCUAGCUAACGCACUGGGACAAAGUUGAAACUGAAAAGAAAAAAAAAAUGUAACGAACAAUGUGUAACGAACAAAUGAUGGAAGAAGAAACAACUGGUGUAUCGUUAACGAAAGAAUUCUUCAAAGACGGAAAAUAGACUAACUAAUUGAUGUCUUCUUCUAUGUCCAAAUAUAUAUGAUAAAAUUAAAUCGGUCGUAUGUACCAAAGACAGGGUCUGCAUACCAUUGGUGCCUAAAGUUAAUGACUAAAAAAUUGUGAAUUUGUUUCUAAGUGAUUAAUUUGCCAAGCCAGAUUUUAGAAGAUAUUUAUAGGAAAUAACUCAACAGUUUAUACAUAUUAUAUACAUAUAUAUAUAUAUUAUAUAUAUAUUUUUAAUGUUACAUGAUUUUUAAGCACUACUUCAAAGCACACGAUGCGUCUAAAUUAUUUAUGUCCCAUCAUUUUUAAACAUGCGUGUUAUAUCUUUGUUGAUGAAUAACACCAUAUGUGAUUGUUAUUACUAUAAUUUUACUACAAUAAAAGCCAUUAUAUCAUUAUUAAACGGCGAGCUUGAAAUUCGACGUUACAAUACUUUUUUCUAUGUGUUAGGCUAUCAUUAAGUUUAGUAUUAUACAAAAUAUUGUGUUUCCGAGCUCGCUUGGCUGCACCAACUGUAAAACACUCGUUUUAUACUUAUUCUCGACUCUUUUCUCCUAUUCACCUCCUCGAUAUUUUGAUGUACUACCAUUUUCAGGUGAUUAAUUAAGAGAGUUUCAAGUGCGAACAAAGUAUGCUGUUAAUUUCGAUGCAAGUUGUAUGUUUCAAUCAUGUUUCUUUUCUUAACGAAAUCGGUUUGUUUCGUUGAUCUCUAUGUUUUGCUAAUGAUCGCAUGUAUUGUAUUCGAAGGAAGGGGCGACGUGCAACCAGUGUUCAAAAUCAUAGACGCGUACAACAGUGUUUGUAAUAGACGAUCGAUGUUUAAAGUACCGGUAAAUUGUAAAAAUUUGUUUCAAACAAUUUUAAACGUUUUAGUAUUUGCAUAAAUGAAAAACAUUAGCAUUGACGCCAAGACGAAUCAAGUAUAUUUUAUGUUUAUUCUCUGUUUUAAACGCUGUUUUACUCGUACUUAUAAAAUACCACUGUACGUGAACGAAAAAUGUCUGCUUUCUGGAAAAAGUUUUCUUUUAAAUAUUUCGACUCCGUUUCAAACGUAUAACAUGAUUUUUUUUGCAAAACAUAGCAAUAAUUAAAAGUAGACGUUUUUAAAGGAUACUUUACGAUCUUUAUUGUAUAUAAUACGCGAACGGCUGAAGCGUUAGAACACUGGGUAACGUGUUGUAGAUGAAAUUGACGAUAAUGUUACGAUUAAUUUUACGUGAUUUACGAAUCUGGACGAGCGUUAUUUUUUUUUUUUUUUAUUUACAUUGUAAAAAUAUUGUUCGUCCUUAACGACGAGUUAAACAAAGAGCGAGGAAUGUAUACGUAUCUAUGUAAUUACGUAUUUUAUAAAUUAUAAGCUUCUUUAAUUAUGUUUGUUAAAUGUUCGCGUAAAAAGAGACGAUGGUUAAAAACGAUAACAGAGAACGAUAUUUGAUGACAAAGAUUGUAAAAGAGAGACUCGUAGAUCGAUGAUUAAUUAUGAACUUAAAAAAAGAAAAGAGGAAAAA